GACAGUCGGUAACGUCAUUGCAGCGGCUCGCGUAAAAUGUAAUUUUUCGUUAUGUAGGGAGGGAUUAGUUUCGUAUUAAAUUGGUGUUAUAACAGCAAACAGAAUGGUAUACGGGCAGAAGGAUGAGACCUUAAUGCUACCCUAUUACAGGGAGCUGGGCUACUACAUUACACGGAGAGAACAAUAUGACAGAGCUGUACCAAUCUUCGAUAAGGCAUAUUCUUUGGUGCCCACUGACAAAAGAACACUUUUGGGACGUUCCUGUUUGCGAUCCAAAGUUUGCAACUAUGAGGGGGCAAUUGACGACAUUAACAAGGCCUUAGAAUUGGAUCCAGAAGAUUUAGUGGUGACUGCACAGAGAGCUUUAAACCUGUACUUAUCUUGUGAAUUUGAAGAUGCUCUCGUUUUAAACUAUCGGAUGGUGCCUAAACGAAAGAAACCCGAUAACUUCACCAUGGGUGUUAUGCACUGUAAUGAAGCAACGGAGAAUACCACAGGUUUGCGUACCGGGCACCCGCUGCGAGACCAUUACAAAAUUAUACACCGAAUGGCAUGGAAGAAGUUAAAGGAGACAGAAAAUCCGUAUCAAAUCAAAAGGAAAAGAAAGAAGAAGAAAAAGCCGAAAAAGCCCACUGAAAAGGUUGUUCACGAUCCCAUCGUUCCGUUAAUCAAGCAAAAGAAAGCCCGCACCCACUCCGGACUUUCAAUUGUUGAUAGUUUGCAUUCGCAUGCGGAUGAUGUUGACGUUAUACCACCGUGUAAAUCUCGAUUUAGGCCACUCCAACGCUACACCACAAACAUUGAAAAUUAUAUGUCCGAAAAAUAUCUCGAUAGCAUGUGCAAUGAUAAAAUGUUCUUAAAACAGUUGCGAAAUAAUCCAGGAGUACUAUCACCCAACUGGGAGGGUACCAAGAGCAUUCUACGCAUGAGCAAGGAGGGCUACAAAAGUUUAGCCUACAAACAGGAAUUGUUGAGAACUAGAAGGCCGUUUUAUUUCUUAAAGUACCAAGAGGCUAAGAUUAGAGGCAAUCUUAAGCUGAGAAUUGCGGAGGAAUUACGAAAGAUGCAAUUGACCGCGAAGAUUGGAGCGGAUCAGCUUCUCGCUAUUAUCCAGCGCGCUGUUGACGCAAAGCGUACCAAAAGGGCACUCGUUUAUGCCGAAAAAUUGAAAAUUUAUUGCGAAUUGAAACCUAUUAAGAUACUCCCAACUCGUGAAAAGUACCUGGCGGAAAUGUACAAACUGGUCGGUUGGGCUUACUACCACCUGUUCAGAAUCAGUAGCCACCAAAGCGAAUCAGAUCAAGUUAAAAGGGUGUACUAUUGGUUGGGAUUUCCCUUCGGUAGAGAACCGUCGACGGAUUCCAUCAUACAGCAGUUCAAAGAUGAGUUCGUGGACUGGAAGAAGAAGAUUUUGUUGUUCGAGGACCGUCUUAGGAAAGCAUUACAUCCGGAGGAAAUGUGCUGGCUCUACCACGAAUUGGCGGUUUGUCAUACGGAAGUGCACGAUUAUCAGCUGGCGAGGGUUUACUGUCGAAAGUGUGUGCAGGAAGGCCAAACUGCAUCAAAUUCGAUUUGGAUACUAAACGCGAUGAUGUUGAUAGCUAAGAUCAGUCUAAAGCAGCGCAACAGAAAUGAUGCGAAAACAGAAUUCAAUGACGCUUUAGCUUACGCGAAAAAAUUGAAGGAUGAGGGGCUACAGACGUAUAUUCAAAAGUGCCUAAAAAUUGUGGAAGAGGUACAAUUUGACGAUCACUUCGGCAGCAAGGUACUCCAAAGGCGCGAAAACCAAAUUAUUAAGUUAAUGAAGGGUGAGGGAAUGAGAGAUGAGGUUGCCUUCCUGUUCAGAAAAAUGAACGCUCUACCCGCCGAUCGAAGGAUGUCAGUCAUGCCUGGUGUUGCUCUUGAGGAUACCAAGAAACCAACGGCGUCAAUGAAGAAAGCGUCAAUUAUGCCGGUUUCCAAACGAACAACCGAAGGUCAACCACCGGACCGCGUACUGAAGGCGGCUAGCAAGUCUUCCGAUUCUGAGGGCGGCGGAUCUCGCAAAGGGGUGGCGUUUAUGGAGUUGAUCAAAUACCAUAUUGAUUAAAAAUUCUUGUAUAUUUCGCAUACAGUUUGCUACAACUUUCU